UGGCCGCGCUGCUGCGGGCGGGCCCCGCCACACGUGCGCCUGUGCUCGCCCCGCCCCGGCCGGGCCGCCCGGGCGCAGAACGGGCCAUGCUGCUGCUGGGCUGCGGCGCGGGGGCCCUGCUCCAGGCGGGCUGCGGCGUGAACGCGCCCGCCGACACCUCGGGCCAGUCUCCGGCGCACCUGGCGGCCCGCGGGGGACAAGCCUCGCUGCUCCUCUGGCAGCUGCGCACGGGCGCCGACUCCAACCAGCAGGACUGCCUUGGGGAAGCACUAAUUCAUAAGGCAGCUAAAGUUGGGAGCCUGGAGUGUCUCGCUCUGCUGGUGGCCAGCCACGCCAGAAUUGACCUGUGCAAUAAUGAUGGGCAGACAGCAGAAGACAUAGCACUGGCUGCUGGAUUUCUGGAAUGUGCCAAGUUCCUCACAACAAUUAAACAUACUCGGAACAUGAAACUGAGAGAACAGUCUGGCUACUCCUUCAGUGACAAUUGUCGGUUGCCAAGAGAGGCUCCAGCUGGUCAGAAAAGAGAAUCUGGAAUUAAUGGACCAAUAAACAGGAAGAGAAGAAGAUUAAAUGAUCUUGUGUCCGACUGCAACUAGGGAAACCUGCAACUGUGAAAGGAAUCUUUAAGAAGAAUCUGAAAUCUGCAGACAUGGUAUUGGACUAUAAACUAAGCAGCCCAAUAUAGACAGUUUUGCUAUCCCCUUCUGAGAAGGAGGAAACACUACUUUUUUUUUACUUCUUGGAGAAGACCGAUUGUUUUUCUAGAAUACUUCUAUUCAUACAGCUGUAAAAUGUGUAUAUAUGUAUGUGUAGACCACUUAUACGUAUAGCAUACUCUCUUCUUGGAUCUUUCCUUUAAGUUUACAAUACUUAGGACUUAAACUGUUUUCCUCUACCCCUCCUAUCCAAAGCUCUGUAUACAAGGUAAUAACAAUUAGAAAAAUAAUAUUGUGUACUAUAGCAGCUCUACCAUCUGUCAUGUUUUGUGAUACUACUAGAUGCUGUUGAAAAGUUGCCAUACUUCACUAUGGAGCCAAAGCUAGUCUACACAGUUCUGUCCACUGUAAUCAGGAAUAGAAAUAUUUUUCAUGUAAGUAAAGCAAUGACAGUUCCUACCGACUCAAGAACCACUUCAGUAAUUGCAAGGAGACACCUUUCCUGUCAACUGUGGCAGUUCGAAGAGAAACCUCUAGUACAGGCCAACAAGGAAAAUAUUUUUAAAAGCAAUACACCCCUUUAGUGUUUACUAAAUGUAUGUAUCUAUUUGUCUUAAACUACUACAAUUAAAUAGCUAAACGUAUAGUAA